AUGGUAUACUUAGUGUCAGAGAUCAGACCUUCAGAUAAUAUCAAACAAUCAGUUUCAGGAAGGUUCUUUGGUAAUGAAGAAUGUUUGGUGAUCAAUAAGCAUCAUAAGAUUGAAUUUUAUUCCGUCAACAGUCUGUCAAUCGAUUUGAUAACAACUGUGCACUUGAAAGGUAUCUUACACAUCAAUACUUUCAGACAUAAGAAUUUAAAGAAUGAAGCACUUUUGAUUCUUCUUAGAAAUGAAUUGAAAGUCUUACAUUAUGACACAGAGCUAAAAUUCAUUCAUUCGGUCAAAUUCGACAAAACUGAUCAAAAUCCCGCUAUCAAUCCAGUUUUUCAAAUAGAUAACCUAUAUCAUACUUUAAUUGUACACUUAUUUGAAGGGUUCAUCCACAUUUUCACUAUCAAUGAUGAUUUUGAGUUUGUUAAGAAUGCUGUCAAUGUUAAAAGGGUCAAGAAGGGACCGUCAAAAACUAAUUCAACGGAGUUAUUCACCUUUGAUACUCAUUUCUUCGAUUUCGUAGUUAUUGAUAUCAAGGUCGAAGAAAACGUCAUAGUUCUUUACAGAGAUUUCAAUUAUAAUUAUUAUAUCCGGGUUUAUAGCACAACUUUCCAGAUGGUCAGACAAUUCAAUGAAUUCAUAGAUACCCCCGUCUCCAUUAUACCUUACAAGAAUGGAUUUUUUGUAUUGACAGAUAAUUAUCUUUUAUUUUAUACAUAUAAGACCGGUGUUACAAUCAAAUAUUCACUGGAGAUGGGGGUAGACCCAGCUUCGAGUCCUAAUUGUUUGGUGAAGAAGAUCGAUAAUUUCUCUAUGUUCAAUCAUUAUCAAAUCAUAGACGAUGAAAGGAUCUUGAUAAUCAAUAACUCCGGAAAAUCAUUCAUUCUUUACAUCAACAGCAAUCAUUCACAUACAUUUAUGUCUUUCUCGGCGGUGGUUUUGAUCCAUUUAGGUUUACUGACCAUUCCUGCUUCAAUCAAUUAUUUCGAUGGGUUGUUCUUCGUAGCUUCCAAGUUAUCUCAAUCGAUUCUAUUCAAAAUAAAUACUGCUGAACCGUUCAUUGAGAUACUCCAUUAUUUAUGUGGUUCGUUGCCAAUAAUGGAUAUUGAUUAUAUUCAUAAUGAUAAUAUGGAAUUGUUGGUAUGUCAAGGGGGAUACGAGAGUGGUGAAUUUUGUAAGAUUUCCAACCGAAGUUUCUAUAUACAAGAAGAUGUACAUAUCUCUUUAUCAUCAACAGGGAAGUUGGUGAGCUUAGAUCUGGGAUUGAUGGUGGUUAAUGACCAAUCAUGUCAAUAUAUCGAAACUUCAAGACUACUUGGCGAGAAGAUCAGUGAUACCAACAGCAGUGCUUCCGGUAUUUCGUUGUCUCCUAACAUAUUAGAAGUAAGAAUUGGUGGUAAAGGUGAGAGAUUGGAAAUAAAUAAAACUUUUGUUCAAUAUGGAAACUGGACGUACCGAGGACCUAUAGAGAAGUAUAAAAUCAUUGACCAUGGUACCUUUUCUUUCUACAGUGGUAACCGAAUCAUAAUUUACCAUCACAGACUCAUACAGGAAUUCAACUUGACUAAAGAGAUAAGUGAUUUUGAUUUCAUCGAAGUCAACAAUGAGUUCAUUGUGUUGGUGACAUUCUGGGAUGGUGAAUGUUCAGUAUACCUUGCUAAUGAUGAAGAAUGUGAGCUCAUCAUUCAAGAAAAUUUAUCUCCAUUCCAUGCAACUAGUUGUUCAAUCGAACAACUUAAUAAAUCUGAAUGUAGAAUCAUUCUUGUUAAUUCCAACAACGACUUGAUACUAAAAACCCUCAAUUUCAAGAAGUUUACCAUCGAUCUAACCAAAUUGGUGUACCAUUUUCCAGGGAAGACGGUGAAAUUGAUCAACAAUGGCGAUAGAUGUAUUCUAUACAACGAUAAAAUAUAUGAAUUCAAUGAUAAAGUGUAUUGUGUUGACGAUAAAACUGGUGAUAUUGAAGAUGUAAGAUUCUUCCAAGAUAGAUUGGUGGUGGCAUAUACGAAACACUUAUCUGUCUUUAAAAUACAUCCCAGUAUUGAUACUGUGUACAGUACUAUGUUCAACCUCAAGUCCAUUGAGGUGGAUAAAUACUCCGUUCUUUUAUCAUUAGACAAAUCUGUUGAUGAGUACAAUAAGACCUAUCAAUUACUGUUGGUAAAUCAUAGAAUGGAGGUUUUGAAUGUUUAUCAAUUUGAAGAGUUACUUAUGGUUAUUGACAUACUUGCAAUCCCCUCGAUAAACUACGACACUGUCAGUGUUGAAGAUAUGAAACUUAUAUCGAAGAUCAAUUUCUCUGCCAAUUCAUUCCUUGCUCUCUGUAAAGCAAGUGCAAAGCUUUUUGCUAUUAAAAACGGCAAAAUUGUGUUCUUGAAUGAUAUAAGAUUCGAAAACACCGAUAAGGUUACUUUCAAAGAGAUCAAAGAAAUCAAAGUGCUUGAUUUGGAUAAAAUGACUUUCUUGGUUACUGGAAUGGAAAAUUUCCUUAUCAGGCCAAAGACCAUUCAAGUAUGGGAAAUUCUACCCUUUAUUCACAAAUCACGCAUCUAUGCUAUUGCCAGUGGAUUUACUGAUGAUUAUUUAAUACUUGGUGAUGUCAUGAAAGGAUUGGGUGUAUUCCGACGCAGAGGAUUGAAUUUCAGUAUUAUCAGAAUAUUCUUGGCUACUAAAUUUCUAAGUGAUAUGAUCAUUAAUGAAGAUAUCAUUUGUGUAGAUUCUUACGGAAACAUCCAAGGGUUCAAUAUGGAGUUCCAACAAGUGAUCUCAUAUAAUAUUGGUGAAACAAUCAACACUAUCACCAAGAUUGAUCCUCCAGUACCUGAACAAGAUUUUGCUUCGAAAUUUGAUGGUCCUAAAGAAUCAAAUCUUGCCCUUCCCAAAGCCAUAAUUGGAACUAAUCUUGGAGGAAUCUACCAAUUGAGUCAAAUCAACGAAGAAACGGAAACCAUUCUUAACCAAUGUAACACAGAAUUGAUGUCAUUCAAACAAUCAUUUGGUGACGGUAUGAAUGGUGAAAUGGUUUUACAACAAGAUGAAGAAGGAGAAUUCAUUACUAAACCUAUACAAGGUAUAAUAGAGUUAAUGAUGGUACAAAAUUGGUUGAAAAAAGAUAAAGUUUUAUCUGAAAAUGGAGGAGAGGUUUAUGAUGAUAUGAAAUUAUCACUCCCAUCAUGCUAUUCCCAUAAACUGUUUCUUCAAAGGUUGGUGUUUGACAGUUGUCUUUAA